CGGUGCGCCCGUUGGCACAGGAAAGAUUGGAAGUGACACAGUCUGAUUAGAACCCGGUCUCUUUUGCACCGACAAAUCCCGCGAUUGCUGCGGCUUAGGCUCCCGGGUUUGCUUUUUCGGCUUGUCGGCCUUCAGGUUCGUGUUUUGUGGGGUGUUUUGGUUUUUUUUUUUCGGGCGGUCUGUGUUGUUUUCAUACACGAGCGUUUUCCCAGCGUUAUUUUCGCGCUUGUUCUCUCUUGCGAGGAUGAAGCCAUGAGUGCAGAGGAGGGCAGACUUAUACCACUGAGACGCGCUUUGAGCUGAGAGCCAGGCGAACGCGUAAAGGGAGGACCAAACAAAGUGCAUCUGAAAUAUCAAGUUUGCGCGCUCCACGGCUUCACGACAGACAGAUCACUACUGCUGUUCACAAAGUCUCUCUCUCUCUCUCUCUCUCUCUCUCUGUCCGUCACAACUUCCUCGCAGACGAGCAUCCUCUGUCCAUUUCCACCUCUCCACUCACUCCGCCGCCUUGCGCGCUGUCGUCACUCCACACUCCGCCUGCCACCACAGACUAACUUUUUUUUUUUCUUUGCGGCUGUCCGGUCCGACUGCGACGGGUCCAGAUUCAGCAGAGCAAGCAGCGUGACCCGCCGUGCAUCCAGGAGCCGAAGCAAAGCCCAGCCCUGGAUUCAAUACUCCUGAUCAAUGGACAGAGCCUCCUCAGCGGCCAGCAGCGCUUCAGACACGCCGUAGACAACUCAUUCUCUCUGGCUGGAACUCCUCUCGGGGUCUGGAGGAGGAUGGAGAGAGGGGGGGAGAGUCCCAUCACCCAGGACAGCCCUGAGAGGAGGGGGGGCAGCCCAGACCUCAGUGGCCUUCAACCACCGGGGAAGAAGGGCAGGUUGGAGCUCAAUGGGAGCCCCACUGGGCCACGCAUACGCCACAACGGAGCUGCACCAAGACCCCAAGGAGGUUUGAUGAUUCCAGUGUUCUGCGUGGUGGAGCAGUCAGACGGUAUUCACACAGACGGAUGUGAGGGAAGAGAGGAGCAUGCAGAGUUUGUCCUCGUCAGGAAGGAUAUUCUUUUCUCUCAGCUGGUGGAGACGGCUCUGCUGGCCCUUGGCUACUCCCACAGUUCAGCUGCACAAGCCCACGGCAUCAUCAAGGUGGGAAGGUGGAACCCUCUGCCCAUCCACUUCCUGACCGACGCACCAGAAGCUACGGUCGCUGACAUGUUGUUGGAGGUCUACCACAUGGUCACUCUACGCAUUCAGCUGCAAAGUUUUUCAAAGCUGGAGGACCUGCCCUGUGAACAGUGGAACCACGCAACCGUCAGGAACGCUCUCAAAGAGCUGCUCAAGGAAAUGAACCAAAGCACUCUGGCCAAAGAGUGUCCUCUGUCACAGAGUAUGAUUUCCUCCAUAGUGAAUAGUUCCUACUAUGCCAAUGUCUCCACUGCCAAAUGCCAGGAGUUUGGUCGUUGGUACAAGAAGUACAAGAAAAUCAAAGUAGAUUACCUGGAGAAGAUGUGGUCUGGACGAGAUGCUACUGACAUCAAAAUAGAGAGAGACAACAUGGCAGACUUCUGCGUACUGGGCCAAAGACCUCCUCCUCACUUGGCAGGCCUGGCCCAGCUCAGUCACCUGGGAACCGGCAGUCCCCUCCUCAAGGCGGGAUCAGGAGAUCCGCCCUCCCAGCCACCUCAGCAGCCCCCUCCACCCCAACAACAGCCCUCGCCCCAUGGCCCCCUCCACCACAGCCCUCCUCUUCGCACUGGCCAGGUGCCUCCUCCCCCCCCACCACCGCCUGGUGCCCUGCAGCCCCUGCUGGGGCCAGGUGGGCUGCUCUCCCCACAACUCUCCCCACAGCUGGUACGUCAACAGCUUGCCAUGGCCCACCUCAUCAACCAACAACUAGCCGUUAGUCGCCUGCUGGCCCAUCAACACCCCCAGGCCAUCAACCAGCAGUUCCUCAACCACCCGCCCAUACCUCGGGGUUCAUCCAAAGCUGGUGACCACCCUGGAAACAACUCUUCGGCCUCUGAGGUCUCCUCCGAAAUCUACCAGCAGGUCAGAGAUGAGCUGAAGAGAGCUAGCGUCUCCCAGGCUGUGUUCGCCCGUGUGGCUUUCAACCGCACACAGGGCUUGCUGUCGGAGAUCUUGCGGAAGGAGGAAGACCCUCGCACAGCCUCUCAGUCUCUGCUGGUGAAUUUGAAAGCAAUGCAGAACUUCCUUAACCUGCCUGAGAGUGAGAGGGACCGAAUCUACCAGGAGGAGAGAGAGCGCACCAUGAACCCUUCAGUUGGCCUUCCAGCCUCCAACUCCUCCAACCCUGGUGCUCCACGCCUCUCACAGAAAGUGUGGGAGAGGAGUUUGGAUGACCAGAUAACCCCUGAUACCUGGGCCUCCAUCUGGAAGAAUAAGACUAAGAUCUCCAACUCGCCAAAGCCGUCUGGCCCUGCUCCAGACCUCCCACUGAAGCUAGAGUCACUGGUUAACAUUACGUCGGGCAUCUAUGACGAAAUUCAGCAGGAGAUGAAGAGAGCCAAGGUGUCUCAAGCUCUGUUCGCAAAGGUGGCCGCCAACAAGAGCCAGGGUUGGCUAUGUGAGCUGCUUCGGUGGAAGGAGAACCCCAGCCCAGAAAACCGCACUCUGUGGGAGAACCUGUGCACCAUUCGGAGGUUUUUGACCUUGCCACAGGCAGACAGAGACCUGGCGUAUGAAGAGGAGUCUAGGCACCAUCACACCGAAAGGCUGCACACUGUCCUUCACCUGCCACAGGACACACAGCUCUAUUGUCUUUCUCGUCAGGCACUUCACAGGCCACCCCCGGCCCCAAUGAAGGAGCACCGCCUGUCUCCGAUGCGAGAAGAACCUCUAUCUGCCCAGGUGAGCGAGGAGGGGUCACAGAAUGUGGGAGCAGGAGCUGCAGCUGGAUGUCCACCUGGCACUGUUGGCGGUGGUGGGAGCAACAAGAAGCCACGAUCACGCACUAAGAUUUCUCUGGAGGCCCUGGGUAUCCUGCAGAGCUUCAUCCAGGAUGUUGGACUGUACCCAGACCAGGAGGCCAUCCACACCUUGUCAGCACAGCUUGACUUGCCCAAACACACCAUCAUCAAGUUCUUCCAGAACCAGCGUUACCACGUCAAGCACCAUGGUCGUCUCAAGGAGCUUGGCGAGGGGGCUGCCGCCAGUGGAGGCGUGGAUGUCAGUGAAUACAGAGAAGAGGAGCUGCUUUCAGGAUCAGAGGACCCAGAGUCGAGUGAGGAUGGAGCUGAGGAGAUCUUUCAGUCCACAGAGGGGAGUGGUGGGAGCACAGGAGGGCUGAGCCAGCCUCCAUCCUCCUCCAACUCCAACUCCAAUCAGUCAGGGAACAAUGUUGCUCAGGAGGAAGGCAAAGAAAAGGGGCAUGGCCGGUCUGGUGGCUCUCUGGCCCCCGGUAGCUCUUCAUCCAGUCCUAGAGAGCAAGCUGAAUACCAGAGGUAGAGACCGACACACAGAGCGGAGAGGACAGAGAGAAAAGAAGACAGUGACAAUGAAGAUGAGGAACUGGUCAUGAACUGAUGGAGGAUGACUGCAUAGAAACUGUGUGAGAGGUGAAUGUCUAUGUAGACACAGAUUAACCAAGAAAACCAUUAGGCUGACAUACAGGUCAUCAAUGAGGUGACCAGAAAGACUCCUUGUACUGACAAUCUCAGACAGACAUCUGUGAAAACCUGAUUUGUGGAGUGACAUUAUGACUAGGUACUACUAUUGCUGCUCAUAUAUCCAGCCUAGAAACAGACACAAACAUAAAAUCUCCAAGCAUAAAAAAUUACCAGAAAAACCUUCUCCUAAUCAGCCAACUGCCAGAAUAGACACAUCAAGGAGGUGGGAUUUGUCCAUAAAUUGUUCCCGUUCCUCCUCUCUGAAGUGUGAGCAUAGCCUUACAAGGCGUACUCCUUACAUGCUGGGUUGAAUUUGCGCCACUGAGUGACAUUUAUAGACUGGAUCCUAGGACAAUCCUAUACAUUCUCAGGACACACACUGAUGUUGGUAGAUGCUGUUGCCUGCCUGAGAGCGUGGAUGAACAAGUCCCUGUGUUCAUCCACAAGCUUCAUUUCAUGGUGGAAAUGGAAAUGACCACUCCAGAUCCUGCCCUCACUUCACAAUCACACUCAAGAAAUCCAACAUGGCACUUAAGACAUUGAUAUUUUGUAGAUGUGAUAUACUCCUGCCUCCCUUCCUUAGUCUCUCCUCUUGAGGCUCACAAAGGUUGUGAACUUCAAAAAUGACUUAGAAGAGGAGACAGUUUGGCUCGGACAGCGGACUUCCAGAGGAUGUGGCAUGCAGGGACACCCGGGCCUAUGUACCCACGACUAAGUACCCUUCCUGGCACCGCCCGUGUAUGUGUGGCGAGAAAAAUGUCAAGAAAGGAAGGAUAGAGUGGAGAUUCAGCAACCAAACAAUCAGUCACUUUAUGUGCGGUAGUCCACCCCUUCCACUCUUCCUCUCCUCUCUCCAUCUCCCCCUUUUCCUCUCUCUCUAAUUGGUGCCCACAGUCUUGUGUUUCACCACACCUACCCGCACUUAAACUUCACCAACCCUAUUUAUUGCUAUCUUUAUCCAUGAUUAUUAUUAUCAUUAUUGUUAUUAUUGUUGUUAUUAUGGCUAGAAUUGCUGUCAUCACAUGCUAUUUUUAGGUUUUAUUUCCAUGGUUUUUAAAUAUUGGUUUUCAGAACUGGGCGGUUGUUUGGGUAACAAGAGACAUUAAGAGUGUGCCCUAAAAAGAGGAAGAAAAGGAGCAGAGAGUGAAAGGAAAUAAAAAGAAGCAGUUACUGAGUGUUAUUGGAUUUUUAAAAAAAGUCCUGUCAUGUUGUAUUAUGGCAAGUUUUUUAUAGUUCUGUUUCUCAAAAAUAGUAGAUAAGUUGAAAAGAGAAAUAGUUAAGCGAGAAAACUGUGCUACAUUGCUGCAGUUGAUGACAAUCUACUUUUUUGAGCCAUUAAAGAAAUGUGGCAGAUUUGACUCUUCACUUUUGAUGUCUUGUAAAUACCCGCAACUGGAUAAAUUGUUAUUGAUGAACUUUUAUUUCAUAUUUUGCUGAGUGACUUUAAAUGUUUGAGCCAGUUUGGACUACCAGAAGAGUGCUGUUUUUUUUGUUGUUUUUUUUUCCUUUGGACAACUCAGUGAAAUUGUUUCAUUUCAUUGUGCCGGGAAAAUUCAAUCACAAAAGUAUUUAAAAAUAAUUCAAGCUGUUGUUUUGUUUGAUGUCAGUGCAGCUGUGUACAAGUAUACAGUGUGUUCAAAAGAAUAUCGGAGAAUGGAUAGUGUUUUGUAUCUAUCCUGAUUGGCUGCUACAAGCGAAUGGAUGACCUGCCUUUUAAUUAUUACAUCAAUGCCAAUCACUCCACACCAUAUUAUUGUGCUUUUCUGUAUGACAGAAAUCAGGGUUAGACUCAAAUGCAGUUCCAGUGAAAUCUUAGUUCAUCCAGUGUUGAAGUGAAUUAAAAUUGGUGAAUUUAAAAAAAAA